AUGGACAACCAAACCGACCCUCCCAGCACCACAGCAGAAAGCACAUCAUCCUCUCUUGGAAUCUUGUUCGUCCCAGGCACCCGCCGAGAUUACCCUACUAGGGUGGCUAUAAAUCGUCACAUCAACCAAUAUGUCCGCAUGAAGAGGAGAAAGACGAAGGAGGAAAGCUUAGAAGCAACACAAAACUUCCAAUCUGGCGGGAGUUCUAGACGAGAUUCGCCGGUAGAAAGCCUCGCAGUUGUCAAAAAGGAUGCUAGGCGACGCGGUCAUUGGAAACAGCCUGAUCCAUCUCUGGGAUUGUAUCGGUUGGGAACAUGGCAUCUCGUUUCCGAGCACCUGGAAGAACCUAUUUCCCAGAAGCUUUUCCAUUAUGCUACAAAAGUCUUUUGGCCUGAGUUUGACCCGGGGGCGGACCCUGCGGACAGCCCAUUCGUUGCCAAUUCCUGGGUUGCUCACAUAGCCGAGGAGCCCCUCUUGAUACAUGCCUUCCUGUGGGCCGCAUCACUGCAUUUGAACAUCCGGAGCCGGACUGUGACCAGAGCUCGCGGCAUCCUGAAGCAUGGUGACCUUCUCAUCCAGGGCUUGACGGCCGAGCUUUCCACUCCAGCGAGAGCCACUCGCGAUGCAGUGUUGCUAGCGAUACUAUCCUUGCAUCCGCAAGUGGAUUCUGCCACUGUCGCCAGCAGGUUUUCGAUUGAAGGAUUUUCCCCUCCCCUAAGAGACCUUCAAUCAAUAGACGUGUACACCAGACUGCCGUUUGUCCCCAGUCACGGUGCCGCUUUGGUCAAUUUCAUCAAAUUGCGCGGUGGUCUUGACAAACUAAACAUGCCAGGCUUGGGCUCUUUGAUGCAGUACACCGAUAUCCUGAGCUCUACCAUGCACCUUCAGCCGCCUCAGUUCCCAUUGGGCCACCUCUACGAGCUCGCACUCCUUGGGGAAGUUGUGUCCUCGAACUUUCGUCAAGGGGGUCAUGUUCGGGAGGAGUCGACCGUGGGUAUCCAGAGCUUGAUACAUCUUGGGCUCAGUGGAUCUGUCCUCCAGGUCUUGUUCGACAUGCGGCAACUCACUAGUCUGAUCACCCGGUACUGUGACAAUGACAAGACGCUGGACUUGGCUCGCCUAGCUGUACACCGCAACUCAGUGCAGCACCGCCUCCUGUCCACAAUCGCAGAGUUCCCACGUUCGCGCGCGCAGUCCAGCAGAAGAUUAUCAAAUCAAGUAACCGCCAUUGUACAAAGUGUUUUGCUAGCUUUUGGGCUGGGGGUGACAUUUCCAACAGCGUAUGUUGAGCCCCACGAAACUAUCGCCUCUCAGCUAAAGUUGAUGCUGACCACGUGGCGGCACUUCCCCGGUCUUGAGCUCUGCAGGGAUUUGAUCACCUGGGCCUGUUUUGUCGGGGCUCUGAUCUCCACGGGAACGUCCAACGAGGCCAUGGUUUCGUGGUUCGUCGGUGAGUUGAUCGAACUAGAGCUGCUGCAUGCUCGGGGCGCGAAAUCUCAGCCUUUCGCAGCGCUCUACUGCAGGUCAUGGGAGAGCAUCAAGCCGAUACUGGAACAGUUUGUAUGGUUAGGACCAGCAUGCGAUUAUGGUUCUAUCCUGAUAUGGAAUAGAGUACAGGAGGCUUUGGAACGGAAAACGGUCCUUCGGACGAUGCCGUUCAAUAGAGACUGGCACUCACUUGAAGGUGCGGCUCUGUAUUAA